AGUUGUCGUCAUCACGUCAGUCGGCUCCAUGACGUGGCAAAACAGUGGAGAUACUGUAAGAUCCCUGGUUACCUACCUUUGAAAAUGUUUCGUUUGGCUUGGACAAGAUGUAAAGGUCAUGAUGGUGAACCCACAUUUCAUCCCCAGUGAUCAUCAGUAAGGAACAGUCAGUGGGAUGUUCACUAAGAAAGUCUAAGUUAUGUGACUGAAUUCCUGGUGACAUUCUUUCUGAUCUGUUGUCAGCAUUCCAGGAACAGACCUGUGACAUUAUCAAAUGACUGUGGAUAAUUGUGGAAACUGUGCCAGCUGAAAUGCCUAGUUCAUGGGCUAUAACAUUAACCAGAGUGCAACAAUCUUUCAUAAUCAUGGCCACCACUCUUUGACAUAAUUACCAAUUCCCAUGAAGACACCACAUCAGGAAGCCUUGUGGUGGGGGGGGAAAUCUUCAGUUGAUUCCCGACCACAUUUAAAUUGCUUGUCACCGAAAACUUUACUUUAUAGUACAAAGGUGCAUCAUCACCAUACACAGUAUUCAACCUCUCAUGGAUUUCUCUUGGCUCCAUCCCUUCCUUAAUAAUGGAAUGAAGCUCAAAAUGUGUCAUUUUUUGUAGACUUGCUUGUAGAAAAGCUUUCUGUCCUUGCCCUCCGUGCUUGAUAUGAAGUUACUGCAAACUGUAUGUAUGACAAGUUCAGAUUUGUAACGUAAGUUCAUGAUACUCGGGAAGAUAAAUUAUUGAACACCCCAUGUAAAUUGUCUCAGGCAAGUGGCAUUCUUUUUUACCUGGAAAAAACGUCUGGAAGAUGAUCCUAUUCAUUAAUUCUAAGAUCACCAUCCUCCUGCUGUACACUAUGUCUCUAUGUAAGAGUGAAAUCAAAAGAGAAAUAACACUGUAACUGCUUGUACAGCUACAAGUAAGCACUUUAAGUAAAAAUGACUGGAAGAAGCCAACACCGCAGUUACCAGCCAGCUACGGGAAUACAACCUGCCAAUGGAGGGCAUGCAUAUGUAUUUGGAAAUAGCCCUGUUUUGGAAAAUGAAUUUUCUGAAGAGGAAGUAGAAUAUUAUGAGUUACGAUCAAGAGGAAAAGAAAAAGCAAGAAGAAGCAUCUCCAGAGAGAGAUCAGAUGAUAUUGUGUAUUUAGUGAAAGACAUUCAAGAAGGAGAUACCUUAAAUGCAAUUGCUCUACAGUAUUUUUGUUCGGUUGCAGAAAUUAAGAGAGCCAACAACCUCUUAACUGAGCAGGAUUUUUUUGCCUUGAGAUCAGUAAGAAUCCCUGUGAAGAAGUUCAGUGUUCUAACAGAGACCCAUGGUUCUUCAACGCACAAGCCCAGCUCCCCAGUGGCUCAGACUGAUUUGGAAGCCAAGCAAGUGGAAGCAGCAACAGACUCUUUCUCUUCAGUAGAAACUGUAGGGAAUUUCCUUCAGGAGGUUGAUAAAGACAUUGAGCAGCUGAAAUGUGUUGACCCAUCACGGAGCACUUUAAAUGAAGUUGUCUUCUCAUUGACUUCUCAGACACAGCUUGGGGUUGGGGAACGUAGAACUGUUGUUCGAAAAGAUCCCUACUAUGGUGCAGACUGGGGCUUAAGGUGGUGGAUGGCUGUGGCAAUCAUGUUGGUGGUUGGAAUUAUUACUCCUGUGUUUUAUCUUCUUUACUACGAGGUCUUAAUGAAGGCAGAUGUGAGUCACCACUCAACUGCUGAAUCAAUUGCAAUCCCCACAAGUUCUUCAGAUAGUAGCAAGAGCUGACACUUAGCAAUAGUCUGGCAAGGACUUACAGAAUUCUGUUUCAAAUUUUGGAACUUGUAACCUUUAUAAAGGUUACAUAUUAGGAGACUGUCAAGAUUUAUCCGUUUCAAAAUAUAUUCUCAAGCAUAGACAAUAUUUUGUAUAUGUACCUUUGCAUCUAUAAACAAUCAUCAACCUUUAAUACAGAUAAUGAGCUAUUUCAGGUACCAGAUACAAUUAAUUAAGCAUAAGGCUUACAGUGUGACUUUAUUUUGAAAAUGUGCAAUAGCUUUGUUUUUAUUUUUGAAAAAUGAACUUAUAGAUCUUAUAAGUAAUUAUUAUAUUUUGUGAACAUUUUCCAUUUUGACACAUUUGAAAAUUCCAGAUUUGUAGUAAAUAUGUUUUCCUUUUUGUAUAACCAUUCACAUGCUUGUCUACCAUAACUACAAUGUUAGUUUUUUCAAAUGAUUAAGCUUUAUGUGUAAUUCCAGUGGCCUGCUUCGCUUGUUAAGAGUUAUUAACCUGUUGAGUCAGUCACUUCAUAUUGGUUGGUUAUUAACUAGAGACAACAUGUCCAUAAUAUCUGUAUUGGUUUAAACAGUUUUGUAAAAAAAAUAUGCAGAUUACAUUUUGUAGAAGUUUUUGAUUUAGAUUUUUAUGACAGUGUUUGCAGCUCCUCUUCACAAUUCAUAAAAAAAUUAAUGAUAACUGUAUAUACAGUUAUUUCUUUUUAAGGUUUUGUCAAGUAUUACUUGAAAGUCAAACAAUUUGUAUAAUUUGUACUUUCAGUGGAUAAAGGAAAGCUAAGAAAUAUAUAAUAAUGAAUAAAUGUAUUUUGAGUCUAA